AUGCCUGGUUUGGGUGCCAUUCUCAGCGCCUUCGCGGCUCAUGGCUUGCCACCCCCAGAUGCUGGUCAUGCUGGCCACGAUUCAGGUGACCCUUGGGGCGGCCUUACGGCCGAGAAGCUCCUUUCCACAAUGCAUCCCAAGAUGCAAAAGCUGCUGAAAGCCAUGCCAGAUGUUCGUCGAGACUACGUGCGUGAACUCGACACAGCGCUAGUCGAGAGCCGAAGCUCAAGCAAUCCGGAUGACAUUAAGAUGCUGCGAGAGCAGAUUGAGGGUGCCAUCAAGGAGAUGAAUUCUGAGAUUGGGCAGAAUCCAGCGGCCCUGGAUGAUCUCAUGAAAGAAACAGCAUCCAAGAUGGCUCUGUGUCCUUUCGUGAUCGCGCCGCCGAAUACCUUGCCGGAGAAGGCCGGAUGCCGGCUGGAUCAUCGGAAGUUCCUGUGA